AGCACUGUCACCGGGCCAGCAGGAUGGACCGUUUGACUGGGCCAAAGGGCAGGGGGCCGGUACGCUGGGCGUGGUGGAGAGGAACGUGGGUGCUGUCCCCGGGGCAGGGCUGAGCCCAGCACCCAGCACGGCGUGGGGCAGAGUGUGGGUGGGGCUCAGGGGGCAUUGGCUGAGCUGUGCUGACCUGAAUGAGCUAGCCGUCUGGGCUCCUGACCCCACCCCGCACCCGACCCAGCCACGUCCUCCUGUCCGGGCAGGAAGGGGUGCCUUCCCGGGGACCGCUCUGUGAGCAGUGAUAAAAUAUUUAUCAGAAACAGCGGCAGCUGGGCUUCCCUGCACAGGGUAUGGCCAGGGGCAGCUCCCACCCCUACACCAGCAGCCUCCCUGAGUCUUGCUGAGUCACGGGGGAGCCCAGUGAGCCACCUGCCCGCGCCCUCGCUGGCCCCUCUGCCCUUUGGCCAUGUGGGUGCCUCAUAAUGGGUAAGCCAUUCAGCUGCCCACAGGACCAGGGCAUCGGGUGCGGUUAGUGCAGAGGGUUCCAGAGCCUCCCCAGCGGCCAAGGUCACAGGCAGAGGAGGCCAGUGGGCCGGGAUCCCCCCUGCACUCACCCCUGCAGGGUCCCUUCUCCUUAGUCCUCACGGCAGCCAGCAAGGUUGAAGUUCAUGAGUUCGCCCAGCCUCAGUGACCUGGGCAAGAGAGAGCCGGCCGCCGCCGCCGCGGACGAGCGGGGCACGCAGCAGCGCCGGGCCUGCGCCAACGCCACCUGGAACAGCAUCCACAACGGGGUCAUUGCUGUCUUCCAGCGCAAGGGGCUGCCCGACCAGGAGCUUUUCAGCCUCAACGAAGGCGUCCGGCAGCUGCUGAAGACGGAGCUGGGGUCCUUCUUCACGGAGUAUCUGCAGAACCAGCUGCUGACGAAAGGCAUGGUGAUCCUGAGGGACAAGAUCCGCUUCUAUGAGGGACAGAAACUGUUGGACUCGCUGGCGGAGACGUGGGACUUUUUCUUCAGUGACGUGCUGCCUACACUGCAGGCCAUCUUCUACCCGGUGCAGGGCAAGGAGCCGUCCGUGCGCCAGCUGGCCCUGCUGCACUUCCGGAACACCAUCACCCUUAGCGUGAAGCUGGAGGGGGCGCUGGCCCGCACCCACGCCCGCGUGCCCCCCGCCAUCGUGCAGAUGCUGCUGGUGCUGCAGGGGGUGCACGAGUCCCGGGGUGUGACCAAGGACUACCUGUGUCUGGAGACGCUGAUCCAGAAGGUGGUGUCGCCCUACCUGGGCACCUACGGCCUCCACUCCAGCGAGGGCCCCUUCACACACUCCUGCAUGCUGGGGAAGGCAGACCGACGACUAAACAGUCCCCAGAGGAGUCCCCAAGGUGACCCAUACCGAAGUGAUAAGAGGCCUGUGGGUGGAAAGCCCAGGCCAGACUGGAGGGUGAUGGCUGAGCUGAAGGACCAGGAGGAGCCAGGCCUGGGAAGAGGUGCACGUAGAGCGUCCUGGACGGAGGGGGCAGAGGCACGAGGGCCACAGGGAGGAGAACUUGGACCCUGCCCGGCUAGGAAGGAGCCUCCGGCUCCCGCCCCGGAAAGGCGGCUGAGCCGCUCACCGUGCGCAGUGCUGCCACCUAGGGUUCACUCCGCGGAACUGCAGGGCCCCGAGUGGGAGCCUGAGCUCUGCCCACCUCCCCCUUCCCACCCCCGCUGUCCUCUCCUGCCCCCCGCCCGGGGCGCCCACCACACUCGGAAUAAAACCUCAGCCACGACCUCACGUGGAAAGGCCUUUUGUCAUCCUGCCUCUGUCCUGGCAUUUCACCAUUUCACCACUUCCUGACCUAUGGCCCACCCACGUGGGCUUGUCACCCCUCCCCCCCCACCACACACACACACACACACACACACACACACACACACACACACACACAGGGACUCCUCCAGGCAGGAGCUGAGUCUGCGCUGGAAAGUGCUGGCUAAGAUUUUUGACUGCACAGGUGGGGAAACUGAGGCAUGUGUACCUUUGAACCAAGCAGUUGACUUGAGCACCCCCCACCCCCCGCUCCCUCCACCCACCCCUGCCCAGCUCCUGCCCAUCCAGGGUGAGGCUGGGACUCAGGAGGGAAAGGAAGGCGUCUCAUCGGGGCAGACGCAGUGUCGGAGCUGGGGUGGGAAUCCGUGUACCCCUCCCUCACUUGCCAGGCUGCCCCCGCAGAGGGGUGAGGUGGGGCUGGGCCAGGGAUCUGCACUCACUGGGCUU